AUGCCCGCAGAAGGCCGGAUCAUUGACGACCCUCCCAAGUACGACCGGAGUCGACCGCUCCCGUCCAUGGAGCUCGCGUACCAAUACAAGCUGCCCAAUUGCCCCGGCAAGUCAAGCAUCGGACUGCUCGUCACGUUCCCACCGAACUCGUCUACCCCGCCCCACCGACACGCAGGAGCCGCGGCGUCCGCCCUCGUCCUGUCGGGAAGCCUCGUCAACAAGAUGAACAACGAACCGACAAGAGUGUUUGACAAGGGCGGCAGCUGGUUCGAGGCGCCUGGCUGCCAUCACAAGGUCAGCGACAACUACAGCACGACGGAGACCGCCACGCUGUUGGCAACGUUGGUGGUGGACACCGAGGUCGUGGAUAAGGGUGGCAUCGCAGCGCUCGUGGAGCUCGACGAAGAGUACAGGGACAUUAAGUUCUAG